AGGGCGCCCUAUGAGCAGCGGGGAGGGUCCGCGCAGGCGGAGGCUCAGCUGAGGGCGGAGCAGGUCGGUGCCAUGGCGGAGAGCGAUUGGGACACGGUCACGGUGCUGCGUAAGAAGGGGCCGAGCGCGGCUCAGGCUAAGUCCAAGCAGGCAAUCUUGGCAGCGCAGAGAAGAGGAGAAGAUGUAGAGACCUCCAAGAAAUGGGCAGCAGGCCAAAACAAACAGCAUUCUAUCACAAAGAACACAGCCAAGCUGGAUCGGGAAACAGAGGAGCUGCACCAUGACAGAGUCCCCCUUGAGGUGGGCAAAGUAAUCCAGCAGGGCAGACAGAGCAAGGGCCUGACACAAAAGGACUUGGCCACAAAAAUCAAUGAAAAACCACAAGUUAUUGCUGACUAUGAAUGUGGAAGGGCAAUCCCCAACAACCAGGUUCUGGGCAAGAUCGAGAGAGCCAUUGGCCUUAAGCUACGUGGAAGAGAUAUUGGAAAACCACUUGAGACUGGCCCCAAAGGGAAAUGAAAACAAAGCCUCGAAAUCAGUUUGUUCAGACUGAUCUCAUCUGGCUGGUACUCUUUAACCACCAGAAUCUCUCUUCAUAUUGCCAUGAACAAGAGGGUUUCAGACUUGUGGGGGGGAGGGAGGAACCUGCAGAAUUUCUGCCUGCUGUAAAAAGGCAAAUCUUAAGUGAUUUUCCUGAUUUUGUUUUUUGUUUUUUUUGUUUUUCCCUGUCUCCUUUCUGGAGUUUGAGGAAAUAAACCCAAUAAAUAUUGCAUCUAAUUUUGCCAGAAAAAUGUCUUGGUGUUCUGAACCAGCUAAUAAGACAUCUGGGUUGGUCUGAUGUUGGAUGGUUUAAUUGGAACAAUUUUAGGGGAGGGUGGGUUGUGAGAGUUUAGGAGAGGUGGGGGUUGGUCAGAGUCCAUAUUUAAAAGGGCUGGUAUUGGGCACUAUAUUGGAAUGACUUUGCUUUGUUCCUGCCAGCCUGUUUGAAAGAGCUGUAUAAUAAAGUUUGUUACCCUUCUG